AUGCCCGUUAUACAAACUGGCGCAUCAGAUCCUCCUGUGGUCCCAAGGGAAACUGCUCUCCAUCAGAGCAGUGUACAUCCCUGGGUACCUCAAUGUGGGAGCAGACAUCCUGUCGAGGCAGGGGCAGAGGCCUGGGGAGUGGAGACUUCACCCAGAGGUGGUGAAGCUCCUAUGGGAGAACUACGGCGAAGCCCAAGUGGAUCUGUUUGCGUCUUGAGAGACGACUCACUGUCCACUGUGGUUCUCUAUGACAAACCCAGCACCUCUCGGGCUGGAUGCUAUGGUGCAGCCGUGGCCGAGGCUACAGCUGUACACAUUUCCCCCAAUUGUGCUGCUCCCGGGAGUUCUGGAGAGAGUUUGCCGAGACGGGGCCCAUCUGUUAUUAGUAGCCCCGUUCUGGCCGGCCCGAGUAUGGUUCUCGGACCUGAUGUCCUUGCUAGACGGCUCUCCGAUGGAGAUUCUGAUCAGGAAGGACCUUUUCUCUCAGGCGAGCAGGUCGAUCCUUCACCCCCGCCCGGAGUUAUGGAAGCUGUGGGCUUGGCCUCUGAAGGGGCCCAGCUCAUAAGCUCCGGUCUCUCAACUGAGGUUGUUGAGACCAUUCACCAAUCCAGAGCUCUCUCCACGAGGAAACUCCCUGAAGUGGAGAUUUUUCACUUCAUGGUGUUGGGCUUUGAUGCUGUAAAUAAACUGGAGAGUUUCCUGUCUCCUGUAAGUCAAAUGGGUGUGAGAGGAUGCCUGUACUUCUGUAUCAUCAGUGUGGAGAAGCUUGUACUGGAUGUUGAAUUAAUCAAGCAGAGAGAGAUGGAGAGAUGCCUGACACUCAUUUUACUGACUACAGUUGUAAAACUCAUCACAGCUGACGGUGUGAAUGUGAGGUUGGUUGGUGGUCACAGUCGCUGUGCUGGUAGAGUGGAGGUUCAUCAUAGAGGUCAGUGGGGAACAGUGUGUGGUGAUCUCUGGGAUUUGGCUGAUGCUGCAGUGGUGUGUAGAGAGCUGGACUGUGGAGAACCUGUAGAUGCUCUGGGUGAUGCUCAUUUUGGACCAGGAUCAGGAUCAGUCUGGAUGAGUUUUGUUAUGUGUAAUGGAUCAGAGUCCACACUGAAGAACUGUGGGUCAGGAGGAUGGGGUAGAAGCAACUGUGAUCAUACUGAAGAUGCUGGAGUCAUCUGCUCAGAAGUCAGGCUGGUUGGAGGUUCUCGCUGCUCUGGGAGGUUAGAGAUACUUGAUAAUCAGACGUGGGUUUCAGUGUGUGCUGCUGCCUUUGACCAGCAGGAUGCAGAGGUUGUGUGUCGAGAGCUGGACUGUGGGGCUCCUGUACAGGUGCUGGGAGAAGAUGUUUUUGGCAAAGGAGACGCUCAGAUGUGGACACAAGAGAUUCAGUGCAGAGGAAAUGAGUCUCAGAUUCACCUCUGUCCAACAUCACCAUCACAUGAAAACCACUGUUUACAUGAACACAACAUUAGUUUGCUGUGUACCGGUAACAGUUAAAAG